AUGGCUCUACGACUGCUGGAGGACAGGAACCAUUACGUUACUGCCCAAGACGUUUACAACCUACUGUUGCUCGGAUGCCACACUGGCCGGACGGAUUGCUUGAAGCACGUUUUACCUUAUUUGGGAUGGUGCAUGCUGUUCCCCAACUGCCCUGUGGCCGCAUCUGGCGACUCAACGUGUGCCAUCAGCGAGGCCGGACAGCUUGUUUGCUUCGGCAGAAACCAGGCUGCUGUGCCUCCCGUCGGAUUCAAUCAGCAUGGUCAGUGCGACGUGCCUCGCGACCUCGGUCCGGUGGUGGCCGUGGCAGCCGGAUGGAGACACACUUGUGCUGUGAAGGCGAGUGGCGAGCUGGUUUGCUUCGGAUACAAUCAGCAUGGUCAGUGCGAUGUGCCUCGCGACCUCGGUCCGGUGGUGGCCGUGGCUGCCGGAGAAGCACACACCUGUGCCGCGAAGGCGAGUGGCGAGCUGGUUUGCUUCGGAGACAAUCUAGUUGGUCAGUGCGUUGUGCCUCCCGACCUCGGUCCGGUGGUUGCCGUGGCUGCCGGAGAAGCUCACACCUGUGCCGUGAAGGCGAGUGGCGAGCUGGUUUGCUUCGGAAACAAUAACCAUGGUCAGUGCGACGUGCCACCAGGCUUCAAGGUUCGGCUUGCCCCACACGCCAUCCGACCAUCCAUCUCCGAUCCAACGCAGGAGGUGCUGCAGCCGGUGCAUCACAGCGAGCCACCCGCCGACAUCUCGGAAGAGGAGGGUGCGGCCAUCGUGGCGGAGCAGGAGGCAUCAUGGAUUGAGCACAACAUCGGUUCCGGCUGGCAUGGCAACGACUUGCAGUCGCAUGUGCCUGCUGGACUCACUCGGGUGGUGCAUUUGACAUUGAGCCGCUCGCAUCGCCAGUUGGACGCAGAUCUGGAGCAUUCGCCGACCUUGCGCCCAUGUCGGCAGGCGCUGCAGGAGGAAGGAUUGGGCUGGCGCUUGCAGCCUUCCGGCGCCAAGAUCUUCAUGGAGCCUGUCUGCUUCCGAGCCAUCCGCAGCCAUCUGUCCACCAUGCGGCUGAGGCCCUGCGACAUUUUCGUCGCAGAAAACCUGGAAGCAGAAGUCAUGCGCGUGAUCUGUUCACUCCCGUACAGCCUUGGCGUGGUCCCAAGAAGCUCCCAGAACAUCGCCUUCGCUGACUCGGACGGGGAAGUGGUUUUGGUCAGCCGCUCGUUCUUGAACAUUCCGGCGACGAUGCUCCGCAAUCCGGCCUCCGUGGCGCAAUCCAGCACCGAGGCACAGACGCGAGAGGGAUACCACCGGUCCUACCGCGGCACGAACCCGCGCAGAUUCCAAGUGCGGUGA